CAUUAUUUUUUUAUUAUAGUCAUGUUACACAAACAUGAUUCACAGUCUUCCUCUGAAUGUUGUCGAUGAGUAGCAAUUUUUUGACCACACCCACCAGAAUCCAAUCACAGACCCUGUGUCAGCUGGUUUGUACUGGUUGAAUGGAUCGCGUGAGCUAGUUUCCAAUCCUGGUUACGUAGUCUCUAAUAUCUAUGGUUUUACUAUACAGUUUCAUGACAUAUCUCUUUAGAUGGUGUACAUGCCUGCUUGUGGUGACUUACUAUGUAAAGACUGCUUCAAGGCACACUUUUCAAUUGCAAUCAGAGAGAAAAGUGUUAAACAUUUCAAUUGUCCCAUUUGUGGACUGCCAGAUUUAGGCAACAAUGACCAGAUGCUAGAGAUGAAUCUUCAGCUCUUGGUGGCUAUGGUAAAGGUACAUCUUGAUUCUACCGAUUAUGACUUGUGUCAGAAAAAAUUGGCUGACUUUAAUCUUUCAAAAGAACCUGGAUUUGUUAGGUGUACUCAUGAAGGCUGUGGGGCUGGUUUUAUUAAUGAUUUUAGGGAUCGUAAGAAAGUGGAGUGUCCUGAAUGUAAACGUCUAAUGUGCUUCUUGUGCAAGAAGAAGGUACUACUGAUUAUAAUACAAUAA